AUGCAGUUCACCACCUCCGUUCUCGCUCUCCUGAGCUCUGCUGCCAUUGCCAGCGCCGGCAAGGUCACCUUCUGGACCCUUGACGAUGUCACCCGCACCGUCUACUUCACCUCCAACGAGAACAAGUUCCCCAUGGACCCCGUGACCGUCUCCAGCGCGGAGAAGACCACGGUCGACUUUGCUGAUGGCUUCGUCGGCAACUUCCACGCCGUCGCCGAGGGCGAGCCCAACCAGGACGGCAUGCUGGGCGAGAUCAAGUUCGGCGGCUGGGGCGCGAUGACCUACUUUGACGUCUCCGCCAUCGUCAACCCCAACGACAAGAACAACGUCAAGCAGAUGUGGCCCGCCGACUCCCAGACCCCCAUGUCUGGCUGCGAGGUCUUCCCCUGCGACAACGCCUACUACGUUUGGGACGACGUCCAGACCAAGGUCACCACCGAGAACCACAUCAUCACCACCCUUGGUGAGGGCUCCACCGGCAUCAACUUUGCCUAA